UCUUGGUCGUUCAUGGGGAUUGCCGCGAGCGAUUUGAGAAAUCAAUAGUAUUUUAGCAAGGAUUUGUGUGGGUGUAAAUUAUGAGUUUAUCGUGAAUAAUUUCCUCCCUAGGAGCCUUGCAUAAUUAUUAGCGCAGCAUUUGAAUCGAUGCUACAAACAAACAUUGAAUCUCGACUUAAUAUCUAGAAAUUUGCCAAAUUUCUUGAUCACUUCUUCCUGCUGCGCCAUACUCAUUCAAAUACUAAGAUCCUUGAUCACGUAUGAGAAAUCCCAGUUCUCUUUAAGCGCAGUGUGAUCCUACCCAAAGAUUCAAACGAUGCUUGAUAUUGUCGACACACGAGCGACCAUGGUCGACACGGAUUUUGAUGCGGAAGUUCCGUUACUCUUCGACCAAGGCUACGAGUUUAGUCAGAAUCAGGAAGUCAAGGUCCUAAUCGAUGAUGAUGUUGGAGUUGAGAGCCUCGAUUAUGAGACCAUUCGUAAUGUGGUUCAUGACAGGGUCAAAAAGCGACGAACUAAUCGAAAAAUAUAUGGGUAUACGGGACUUACGCUUUCGAAGUGGAUGAUUACAAUUAUAAUAGGACUUCUUGUUGGACUGAUUGCGUUCACUAUCGAAUCUUUUCAAGAUAUUAUUAUCAUAUACAAGAAGGAGUUGACAGAAAAACUUUUUGAGCGCGGAUUAGUACUUGUUUUUUACAACUACGCGGCCAUAGGUGUGGCCCUGGUACUUCUUUCGAGCUUCUUGGUUAUGUUCUGGGCUCCGGCAGCCGCGGGUGGAGGGGUUACUCUAGUCAUGGCUUAUCUGAACGGGAAUGACAUACCCGAUUUUUUUCGGCAUAGAACUCUCUUUACAAAGAUUUUAGGCACCAUCUGCACAAUUUCAUCCGGCUUACCGAUAGGACAAGAGGGGCCUCUGGUUCAUAUUGGUGGUGCGAUCGCGUCUGAACUUACUUGGAUGCACGGUCGGCCUCCAAUAAGGGAACGCAGUGUGCUUGCUCCACAAACCCUUCGGGAAACCUGGCGGAAUAAGCGCAGGGAGCUUACACCGAAAGCUUGGAUCUUCGAUUUUUAUAAUGAUAAGGACCGGCGAGAAUUCAUUUCGGCUGGAGCUGCAGCGGGUUUGGCAGCAGCUUUUGGUGCACCGAUUGGUGGAGUGCUCUUUUUCAUGGAGGAAGACUCUAGUUUCUGGUCUAGAAAGGUUAUGUGGCGGUCACGUUUAUGCACAACUUGCGCCACCAUGGUUUUGUCAUGGCUUAAUAAACGGAAAUUUUCAUUCUCCUUGCCAGGCACUAUUUCCUUUCACAGUUUGAAGCCUGAGUUCAACGUGAUGGACUUGCCACUAUUUGUGAUCACAAGUGUCUUGGCUGGAGGAGUUGGUGCUUUUCUGAACAUAAUUCACGACUGGCUUGCUCAAUUUCGGCCCUCCUCAAAGCACCGGGCUCUUAGGGUGCUUGAGGCGUGUCUCGUCACACUCAUUUCAGUCGACGCCAUUUUUAUGCUGCCUUACUACUUUGGGCAUUGUCUACCCAUCCAAAAAGGACAAGAGGGCGAUGAGUAUUGGUAUAGAUAUGCAUGUCCGCUGUCGGAUCAGGACACUGGGGUUCAAACUUACAAUGACCUGGCCUCUCUGUACUUUGCCGUCCCUCACCAGUUUAAUCAUCCACACGAGUUCUUCCUUCUGCUGUUUAUCCUCGCGUACCUCAUUGCAACUCCCGGCGGGAUUUUUAUGCCUUCCAUCAUGGUUGGCACAUCGUUUGGAGCAUUUUUGGGGCGUAUUUUUCAAAUCUUCUUCCCAAGAUGGUCGGUACAACCUGGUAUACAUGCGCUAGUUGGAGCGACUGCAAUGCUUGGUGGGGUUUUUCGAACAUCCAUCUCCUUGGUGGUGAUCAUGGUUGAGGGCACAGGUGGAAUUGAGUUCUUACUGCCAGUUAUACUUUCUAUCGUCCUCUCCAAUUGGGUGGCUCACCAUGUUCACUCGGCAGGAGCCUACGAGUCCGACCUGGAGCGCAUAGGGGAAGUCCAUUUUUUGCAAAGUGAGCCUUCGCAAAAACUUCAUUUGAUCACUGCAAGAGACAUCAUGGCAUCAGAUGUGAUAUCUUUUAAGGAGAUCACCUCCGUAGCCGAGAUUGUCGAAGUGCUUCGCGAAACAUCUCACAAUGGAUUUCCCAUCAUUCGACACACGCACAGAGAUGUUUUCAGCUCUGAUGGUCAACUAGUUGGAGUCAUUUUAAGACACCAGGUCUUGCUGCUAUUAGAGCAACGCUGCAUUUUUGAGGCAGACGCAUUAACAUUGAAUCGACGCAGGCGUCACAGUUGCAGUUUACGCCUGCCGAAGUCGGCGAUGGCGCAACAAUAUCUGGACCGACUCAUGGGUGUAUACCAUCACGCUCACUACCCUCACCGGCGAUACUUAAGCUCACGGCCCGAGGCAGUUAAUGAACUGGAAAUUGAUGAACUCUUACAGGAAUUCGCAACGCCGGGUGUGAACGGCAGCAGUAGCACCGACUCUUCUGAAGGUGAUCCCAAGUGCAAGGAUGUGGAGCAGGCUAUCCGUACUGGCAAAGAAUUGGCGGUGGACUUCCGGCCAUGGAUGAAUCGUGCUCCAUUGACGGUUCGCGAGGAAACCUCAGCACGGCGGGUGUACAUUAUUUUCCGAACGUUGGGAUUGAGACAUCUCUGCGUGACCGAUGCAACCAACAGGGUGGUGGGCAUAAUAACGAGGAAAGACAUAGCCAAGGCGCACAAGGGGUUGGAAGAUGCAUACUCUGACACUAUCAAGGAGCAAGAGUAUGAGAACUGCCAGUCCCUGGGACAAAGAUCCUUCGGCAGAACACCUCGAUCAAGCUUCAAUGACAGAUCACCACGAGAUGUGCUUUUUUCGUUGCCUUAAUUAAGAACACACUUAACCAUGUAGUGUUGUGGAGUUUUAAUUAAUAGAGUAGGGCUAGCAGCAAAUUUCCUUCAACUUAUAUUGGUCCGGUCGGGCGUGGUGUGGUGAAAACACAUUUGGAGUUGGUAGGCUCGUAGUCGCUAUGUCAGGGCUAUCUGUUCUGUGUUGAUGUUUGAGUGGAAUAGGUGAAUUUAAGUGACAUGUAGGCUUUAGGGCCUAUUCAAGACUGGGGCCCAGUUUGAUUGAUAACUGUACUCAGCAAACAUUGAUGUAAAGCCAGAGUUAGCUCUAGGCCCAGGUUAAACGUCAA